AUGCAUGCACUGCGGUGUAUGUAUGCGUAUGUGUGUGUGUGUAUACAUGUGUGUGUGGGUGUGUGCAUAGACAUUUUAGUAAAUACAUUGCAACAGACAUCGCCAUCAACAUGCAGCGAUUUUGGAAAAAUGUUGUUACAAGUGCAGGCGGCAGGUGUGGACCAGAAAAACGGUGUUUUGGCGCGCAGAAUCUGGGUUGGGGUUAGGGCUGUGUUUGGGGAUGCGGCGGUUGGCGCGCAACGGGGACGCGCGCAUAUUGUGGCGGCAAGCAGUGUGGCGCGAAGCAGCGAUGUUUUGGCGCGAACGGCCUGCGGGUUAGGUGUCAGAACAGUGUUGGUGGUGUGUCGGCAGUGUGUUGGGGGGGCGUUUAGCGUGUUUUCAGGGUUUCAAAUUUGA